UUCCAGAGGGCAAACAGCAGGAGACGAGUUCAGGGAACACCCCAGCAUACGAAGAAGGACCUGCUCCGUCUGAACCAUGAGCACAAGGAAGAGCUGCCCUCUGCCACUGGGGCAAGGAGACCAGGACGAAAAGCAGAGCGAGGGUACUCCUGAGCUGGAGCGACAGGAGUGUGAGAUGGAGCUGAGGAACAAAGCUAUUCUGCAACAAAAGAGGCGCCUCAAACAGGCCACCCAGUUUGUGCACAAGGACUCUGCUGAUCUGCUGCCCCUGGAUGGCUUGACAAGACUUGGCACCUCCAAGGAUCUGCAGCCUCAUAGCGUGGUCCAGCGGCGCCUCUUGGAAGGCAACCUGAACAAGCUGCGGGGCGAUGCCAGGGGUCAGUCUGCACGGCUUCAAUCCCCGCUGGCAAAAGACCAGGAUGAAAAGACGGAAAAGGGAGAGGACAGGAGAAAAGAGACUUCACCCCUGCUAAUACAGUGCCAGUGUCAAGGUCAGGCACUGAAAGCGACUGUUAACACUGGGUGUCUACCAAACCUCAUCUCCAAAAGAUGUUUCAACCAGCUGGGGCUGGAAGAAGCGUCUGCCAUGGACUGUGGAGACCUCUCUCUUCCCAUCCCCAGCGUUGUUGGCCGAGUAGAACAUAUGGAAUUGAAAUUUGGCCAGGAGACAGUGCUGUGUUCAGCACUGGUUGUAGAUGAUGAAAUGCUGGAGUUUUGCAUUGGCCUCCAGACUCUGUUGUCUCUCAAGUGUUGCAUCGACUUGGAGGAAGGAAUCCUGAGAUGCAAAGCACUGAGUCAGGAGCUGCCUUUUCUACAUGCCUCUGAAGAGCCUGGUCAGUGACUGGUUGCAUUCCCCAUGUCUGGAGACUUGCUGCCACGAGAGAGAGAUGAGGGUGAGGCUCCCAUGCCCCUAACCUUGCUGAGUUCUAGGCUGAGGUAUUCAAUGGGGAGUGAGAAAAAGGAAAGUGGGUGCUGGAAGCUGUCACUGGGAAUGCCUCAACUCGAGAUAUCCCUCCUUUCAGUGGACCCUCUUGCUUGUCCUGAUGUGCCAAGUGGGCAUUUUGUUCUUGUUCUGCUAUUUGGCCCUAGUCACUCCAGUUUCUGGUUCUGUAAUAAAUUUAUGCUAGCCUUCUAAUGACUUUACAAUACACUCUGUUCACAAGAGAGUCUCUGUGAACAAUCUCCAGUUGUUCUAUUGGCAAGAGAAUAGCAUUUGCUCCAAAGACCUCCAAAGAUUACCACAAAUGUUUCUCUUCUCAUUGCCUCAAUGCCAGUGUACACCAGUCCUGUUUCUUU